UUAGCAAAUGAUGACAUUAUUGUUCGUUUAUUUUGUUGCUAUACUAAGUGAUGCUAGUUGACCAGUUAACGCCUCUUGUUUUAAUUUUUAAAGAUUAUUUGUAAGGAUAAUACGACUGUAUGUGAUGUACAUUUACGGUUUAUAAAUAAGAUUCCAAGUACAUAUGUACAUACAUUGCAGUUUAAAGAAGCUCUAAUAAUUCUUAACAUACAAAAAUGACUGUUGACUUUAAUGAUUAUUUCUGGGGUGAGAAAAAUAAUGGAUUUGAUGUUUUAUACCAUAACAUGAAAUAUGGUUUAGUGGCUAGUAAAGAACUUGCGGAUUUCUUUAGGGAAAGGUCAAACAUUGAAGAAAAUAAUUCAAAAUUAUUUAACAAGUUAGCAAAACAAGCAGGUAGUUCAUGCAUGCAUGGUACAUUUGCUCCUUUGUGGCAAGUAUUGAAAACAUCAUCAGAAAAACUAUCAAGUGUUCACCUAGAAACUGUACAUACAGUAACUGAGCUAGUGAAAGAAAUAAAUAAAUAUGCUGAAGAUUUACAUAAAAAACACAAAGCAGUAAAGGAAGAUGAAUCUGGAACAUUGGAGGCUGUUCAAGCUAUUCAAAAUACAACGUUAUUAGUACAAAAAGCAAAAGAUGUGUAUUCUCAACGUGGCAUAGAAUUAGAAAGAUUAAGGAAAGAAAAUACAUCUUCUAAAGAAAUUGAAAAAGCAGAGGCAAAACUAAAGAAAGCACAAGAAGAUUAUAGACUUUAUAUUGAAAAAUAUAAUUCAGUAAAGGAAGACUUUGAACAAAAGAUGUCAGUAACUUGUAAUCAUUUUCAAGAUUUAGAAGUAGCACAUCUUACACAAAUGAAGGAAUUCCUUAAUUCUUAUUCUCAAGUUGUUCAAUGGACUCAUGAAAAAAUUGGGCAAGUGCACGUUGAGUUUAAAAGACAAUGUUUAGAACUAACAGUGGAUCGUUUGUUAGAGCAGUUUGUACUAAGCAAGUAUACAGGAUUAGAAAAGCCAGGUUUGGUUGAUAUGGUGGAACCAGUGUCAUCUCCAACUCAAGAAGGGAGUACUAACGAGACGACGAAGCCUUCGAAACGAGAAGGUAAUCAGCAUGAAAGCGGCAUUCUAAUGGCUCAAGCUAUGCCAACACAUGCCAAAACAUCCCGCCGUACAACCUCCCUCCUAAAUUUGUUCAUGUCUAAUUCUCAGGGAUUACGAGAAGGCCGAACAGGGCCCUGCAGUGCUCCAUCCAGCCCUACGAAUCCCACUGAAAACCAGCAGUUAUCUAACCGCGUACAACGAGGAUCCAAGUGGUUUUUAAGGAGUAGGCGUGAUAAAGCAAAACAGAAGAAAACCAAGAAAAAAAGAGAAAACUCGGACAAUAAAGAAGAACGGUCUGACAUUGAAGAGAAGGAAGAAGCGCCAUCAAAAAAGGGUAUAGAAAAACUAACAGAAGUAGACUCUGAGAAGUCGUCAGCACAAGCUGAAGAAGAAAGCAAUACAAUUCUCGAAAAUCCUGUUCCUAAUUGGAUGAAUGACAAGGGAAAUUUUUAUUCUAGUUCUGAUUCCGAUUCCGAAGACGAAAGAGAACAAAAGAUAAGAGUGGAAAUAAAACCGUUAAAUAAUGGUGCUGCCCCAAUGUCCGCAUCAGUGGAUGAACUUCGAGCAACAGUAGAAAAUUUAUAUUUGUCACCGUCAUCAAACAUUAGACGUAAUUCGAAUAGUGACGAACAAAAUGUUAUAAAACGUUCACAAUCAGUAUCGCAGCAAUUGGGAAAACCUACAAGCAGCGAUUUGCUUGGCAUUAAUUUGUUUCAGAGUCAGAAUGCAUCAAAUGCAUCAACGCCUGGUAGUUCACAUCCUUAUGCUCCGCUGCAAAGUCCAUCGCAACCCAAUUUCAAUUCUCCCACUUUUACUUCAUCAUCAAGAUAUUCUGAUUUGAAAGAUUUAUUUAACGAGGGCGGAGGGGGCAGUGCAAGCGAAAGCCAACUUCAGUCUUCAAAAAUUAGUCGUCAUACACCUACACCAACUUCGGGCAUUAUUUCAAUUCCUAGACCCCCGUCAAGGAGAUCCGAGGCUAGUUCUAGAAUACUUUCAACAUCUUCAACCAUUUCACGUGCCGAUAGUUUAGGAAGUUUAGAGUUCCGAACUGCUGGUAUAUCGUCAGUAAAUGUGUCUAGAGGUCCCUCUCCGCUAACCAUUGGUAUGGCUGAUACUAUUCCUCUCGCUGUAGCCUUUCAUGAAAUUAUUCAUUCAUUCUUUAGAGGGAGCGACGAAACUAAGUGUGUAGACUUCUAUUGUUUAUUUAUUCCUGUUAUAUGGAACAUUUUACACGGGUUCUUUUUUCUUAGGUGUCAAGUAAAGAUGUCAGGUGAGAUGAUGCUGUCGUUUCCUGCAGGAAUAGUUAUUGUACUCGCAAACAAUCCAAACCCAGCUAAACUUGCGUUUCAAGUUCGUAAUACUCAAAAACUAAGUAAUAUUUUACCCAAUAAAAAAUUAGUUUCUUUAGAUAACACUCAAUCCAGCACAGACAAUUUAUAUAUAGAAUUUAAUAUGCCUGCAUUAAGUAGUUUACUGAAAAGCCAGUCAGAGCAGAACCCAAAUGCUUCGUAUUUUAAUGUGGAAAUUUUAAAAUAUCAAAUAAAGCCUAAGCCAGGUGCGAAUUCCUGCCCAUUUCAAUUAGUGGCCUAUUGGAAAUGUGACCUUACACAGUCGAAUCUUAAAAUUGAUUAUAAAUACAAUUCUAGAGCUGUGAAUUCUGCUCUACCACUUCUCAAUUUAAUGGUGGCGGUUCCUUUAAGUGGUGGCGUAAAAAAUUUUCACACAAAACCUGUUGCACAGUGGAAUUCAGAACAAAGUUGUUUAAUUUGGAAAUUUGCGGAAUUGUCACAACAUUCGGAAAAUAAUGGAGUGGGGUCUCUACGAGCAAGAAUUGAAUUAGAGAAAGGGCCUGGAACACCUCCAGUAAUUUCUGCACAGUUCAAUUGUGAAGGAACUACACUCUCCGGUAUAGAUUUUCAAUUAAUAGGAACUGGUUAUCGCCUCUCUUUAGUAAAACGAAGGUUUAUUUCUGGCAAAUAUAUUUGUAACAGCGAUUCCAAGUUUAACUCUGAAAAAUCUCCUUCUUCCAGUUUAGCUAACGCUGACUGCUAAUAGUGUCGAAUAUUUCACUAUUAAUAUUAUUAUUAUUAUUAUAUAUGCAAUAUUUUUAUAUUUUAUUGUACAUACAUGUUUACACACCCACAUUUGUGUUAAAUGCUUGAUAUAUUAUACAUUAACCAUUAUAAAUAUUUAUGCAUUAAAUUUAUUUUUACCAACCU